CAUCAAUCAUAUAAGGCAACAGUCUACCUCUGCGCAUUAUUUUCAACAACUCCUGUUUUAUGUCAAUGCUAUAAUAAGUCCCAUUGAAAUUUAAAACAAUAUAAUAGCAGAUUUCUACGUAAUUAAUCAUCCUUGCUUAACGUAGUUCGUCAAACCAUAUAGACAUUCAGUUUCGGGUCAUGAUAAACUAAGGAAUCAAAAUUGACGCAUAACAUCUGUUGCAAAAGAUAUCAUAUCAUUUCAAGAGCUAGAUACAUGAUAAUUCAAGUAUUUAUUAACUGCCACUUGCAACAUUUCUUAUUUAUUUAUCGAUAUUAGUUGGAAGUACAGGUAUUGCCAUGACAGUCGUAAAUGUUGAUCAGUUAAAAAACUAUGAAGAAUCGAAUCCAGUACGCAACAGAAAAGGAAAAUCGGUCAAAAAAAUGUGCAAUGAAAAAGUUCUAAAGAAACGUGUGCCAAUUAUAGGUUGGUUACCCAAGUACAACUUUGUUUUCUUCUUGCAAGAUAUUAUUGCCGGUGUGACAGUAGCAUUGACUGCUAUACCACAGGGAAUCGCUUACGCUGUCAUAGCUGGACUUCCACCUGAGUAUGGACUGUACGCGUCCUUGGUAGACGGUGUCAUUUAUUUAAUAUUUGGAAGCUCUAAAGAUAUAACGGUGGGCCCUACAGCAGUUAUGUCAUCAUUAGUAGCAAAAUACACCGGAUAUUCUCAAGACUUUGCUGUUCUAUCUGCUUUUCUCUCAGGUUGUGUGAUACUGUUAAUGGGGAUAUUCCAUCUCGGAUUUUUAGUGAAUUUCAUAUCGAAACCUGUUAUCAAUGGUUUUACGACGGCAGCUGCAUUCCAGAUUGCCGCUGCACAAUUGAAAGCAUUCUUUGGUUUGGAUGGUGCCUCAGGAAAUUACUUCGCCGAAUCGAUGUCAAACUUUAUUUCUAAUAUAAAAACAGCUAGACUUUGGGAUCCAAUAUUAGCAUCAGUCACUGUAGUAAUGCUUUUCAUGUUGAAACGCCUUGGGAAUGGAUGCUCCCGUACAGAUGGAUUUACUAAACAAAUGAGAUGGUUUAUAUCAAUGGGCCGAAACGCUGUAGUUGUGAUCUUUGGAAUGUUCGUGGCUUAUAUUCUGAAAAUUACUACAAAUAAUGAACCGUUGAAAUUAAUCAGAGAUAUUGGCAGUGGCUUACCGACAGUGGGACUACCACCAUUCAGUACAUCUUCUGGAAACACCACGUAUAAUUUCAAUGAAAUGUUAGAAGUUUUAGGUCCCCAAUCAUUAGUUUUACCAUUAGUAGCAAUCCUGGAAUCAGUAGCUAUUGCGAAAGCUUUUGCUAUAGGAGGCAGAGUUGAUGCUACGCAAGAAAUGAUUGCUGUCGGCCUGUGUAACAUUGGUGGUUCAUUUUUCAAAAGUAUGCCUAUUACUGGCUCUUUUACUAGGACCGCUUUGAAUUACGCGUCGGGCGUGCAAACACCGGCUGGGGGAGUUUGGAAGAGUUUAGUUAUUGUAGCAGCUCUAUCGUUAUUAACGUCUGCAUUUUAUUAUAUACCCACGGCGUCAUUAGCUGGUUUGAUAAUGACAGCUAUGUAUUCAAUGGUAGAUUUUGGAAUAUUCGCUAGAUUUUGGAGGAACAGUAAAAUAGAAUUAAUGCUAAUGUUAGUAACGAUGGCAGUGUCUUUAUUUAUUGGUUUGGAGUAUGGUAUUGUUGCUGGUAUUGCUCUGGAAUGUCUCAUAUUAUUGUAUAAUACAUCUAAACCUAAAAUUACAGCAAAUUCAAUAAGAAGUGAUAGUAGUGAAAUCGUAACUGUCACUCUCAGUGAUAGUUUGUCUUAUUGUGCUGCGGAGCAUGUGAGGAAAUCAAUCAUUGAAGCAUCAAAUAAUGCGGCUCCCGAUUCUGUUUUAGUUAUUGACGGGGGAAAUCUCCAUAGAAUGGAUUCCACUGUAGCGAUUAAUCUCAUGAAUUUAAUAAAAGAAUUCGAUAAAGAUUCUAGGACAGUAGUAUUACUUAAUUUCAAAGAAGACUUAGUGAAACUAUGUACCGAUGUUGAGCCUAAACUAGGAAAUAAAUUUGUUAAGUCCAAUAAACCUCUUGAUUUUAUAGAAGUGUCCAUUAAAAAUGCGUAAUAAUAUAUUCCAGUAAUUUUUUUUGGGGGCAGUGAUAUGUUUUCGCUUUGUUAUUCUCUAAAUGUAUAUGUCCAUUUUUAGUUUUCGCUAGGCAAAUAUAGCUAAGUUAGGCUGAUAUUUAAAGUUCAGCGUAAAUCUUACGGAAAUUCUGUUAAGUGUGUCACGGAAGUAUACGAAGUAUGCAGAAGGUUUGAAUGAAUGUUAUAAUUAUUAUCCGUUAUGAUGUUCCGUAACGGGUCUUACAUCAAAUAUACUCAAACCCAUUAGGGUUAAAAUCACAACCUAUUCAGGUUAUAUUUACUUUAUUGAAAUUGAUUUAAGGUGUAUUAUAAGAAAAUCUACCAAUUAUGUUAUAUGAAUUUUUCCUUUGUCUAGCUUUUAUUUUAUUAUUAUUGUAUAUAUAAUUAAAUUUAUUUUAAUUAAUUUUAAACAAAUCUUGACCAGAUCUUAAGUUAGUAGGUAGGUUGGUAUAUAAUUAAUUGUGAUAGUCUAAGAAAAUUAAUAUUUCAAUAUGUUAACCAUAGAUCACGAAAAAGCCUAAAAUAUCUUAUAUACUCGUAUAUUUAUUAAUAACUCAUUUCAGAGUAUAAUUCAAUAUUAUAUGAAAAAAAAAAAAAUUUACCCACUAAGAUCAAUGCAAACAUUAAUUUUAUUUACUUCCUAAGAAACAUUUUGUAAAUAAUAAACAAUUUCAUACAGUUGAAUAAGUCUAUUUCACUAUGAACUCACCGACUCCAUAUUUUUUCACUAAUAACUCAAUAUUUAUUUGUAGAAAACUAACGGUAAUAAUUUUUACAAUACAUACUAGUAUGCUUUAAUUUUUAUAAAUUAAUUUUAGGUCAGCAUUUUAGGUUCACAUCUUCAUAAUAUAUUGAACUAUAAUAGUACUAAUUUCA